UCGGACUCCCAAGUAGCUCCCUCGACCCGACCAACUUCAUCUGCAUUUUUCAAUACCCAUCUCAGAUUAUCCAUUCAUAGGCCGCCCUCACUGAAACCAUCACCUCAGUAUAUUUAUCCAGAAAUGCCACACGAGAUCUUCCUCAGCGCUAUCGUCGCCGAUGCGGAUGUGGCCAGAGCUCGGGCCCUUCUGGGCGGCUACACCGAGAUGCGCGAGCGACAUGCCUAUACGCGUGUCCAACACUACCAACCCCAAGACCUAAGUGUCAAGGGCUUUCCCACAAUUAAACAAGUCCUGCGGGAACCCACACCGAGCAACGCCCGAUGGCAAGAAUUGCACCAGAUCCUUGUCAAACAACCAUCUGUGCUGCACUUACGCUUCGAUAUCACGGAAAGCGUUCACAAUGUCAUGACGAGCGAGGCGUCGUCUAGUGCCGUUGUCCCUGCCGACACUCAAUGUGUCCUCAGGUGGACCGAGUUUCCGGAACCCACAAAUCCCCGGUUCCCAUUCCUUACACAACGUAAGGUUGUCGAGAUUGCGGAUCAGAGGGCGGAAAGGAUACUCGCCGAUAACAAGUUCGCGGUAACAUCAGACCUGGUCGAAGAGUCCUACCACUGGUGGCUCAAUGAUGUGGAGUAUGUCCUAAUUCGGACGUUUGUGUUUGCCCUCGGCCCCGAUGGCGUCCCGUCGCAAGAGAUACCGAACCUGGCAUCAGCCGAGCCCGUCGCCGGUUUCUGGCUCCUCUACGUCCGUACCCGCGCUGAAUCACCCUCGCCGGCCACGUUGCCUGAGCAGAUUAGAAAGUGCCAAGCCCAGCUUGAACAGGUACGGGGAAAAUUGGCGGGUGUAUUCCACUUCAGAGCCUAUGACCGCCGUUGCCACGAUACUCGGAUACAGGAAGGACCGGCUUAGGAGCCCGUUCCCCAGCAUGACCGAGCCGAGCAUUCGAACGACAAUAAAAGGACCAGAGAUGGUGCAGAAGAAAACAUUGGGACGAAUGAGGAUGUCGGAGAAAACAUCAGAGCUAAUGAGGAUGAAGGACAAAGCAUAGGGACCAAGGAUGACGAAGAUGGUGAACAAGACCCUGACUUUGACUAUGAGGCCUACGUUGA